GGCUGCGGGAGGCAGCCGGCGCCGCGCGGAGCCCCCCCCCCGCCUCCCGCCGGGUCCCUGCGCGCCCGCGGAGCGGCGCGGGGCCGGCGCGGAGCCCAGGCUCGGCCCGCAUUGGCUCCCCCCGCGCCCGCGUCACUUUCUGCCCGUCUCCCCGCGCGCCGGCAGUCGCGCGUCUCGAUGGACGGGCUGGAGGGCGCGCCGGAGCGCUGAGCGGCUCUGCUCCGAGCCGGAGCGCCACCAGGGAUGUCCGGCACCGGCCCAGAGGAUGACUCCCCGCCCUGCAGGAACUGGUCGUCCGCUCCAGAGCUGAACGAAACGCGGGAGGCUUUUUUAACCCCUUCCGCCGACUACGACGACGAGGAGUUCCUGCGGUAUCUCUGGAAGGAGUACUUGCACCCCAAGGAGUACGAAUGGGCGCUGAUCGCCGGCUACAUCGUCGUGUUCAUCGUGGCGCUCGUCGGGAACGUGCUGGUUUGCUUUGCAGUGUGGAAGAAUCAUCACAUGCGGACAGUUACCAACUAUUUCAUAGUAAAUCUCUCUCUGGCUGAUAUUCUGGUCACAAUUACUUGUCUUCCAGCGACUUUAGUAGUGGACAUCACGGAAACUUGGUUCUUUGGGCAGCCUCUCUGCAAAGUGAUUCCCUACUUACAGACAGUUUCAGUCUCUGUGUCUGUACUAACACUGAGCUGCAUUGCUUUGGAUCGAUGGUAUGCAAUUUGUCACCCUUUGAUGUUUAAAAGCACAGCCAAGCGAGCAAGGAACAGCAUUAUAAUUAUCUGGAUUGUGUCCUGCAUCAUAAUGAUUCCUCAGGCUAUUGUUAUGGAGUGCAGCAGUGUGUUCCCAGGACUAGCCAAUAAAACCAUCUUAUUCACAGUGUGUGAUGAACACUGGGGAGCUGAAGUUUACCCCAAAAUGUAUCACACAUGUUUUUUUCUGGUGACAUACAUGGCACCACUGUGUCUUAUGGUGUUGGCCUAUUUGCAAAUAUUUCGAAAGCUGUGGUGUCGGCAGAUCCCAGGAACUUCUUCUGUUGUUCAGAAAAAAUGGAAACCUCUGCAGUCAUCAGCACUGCCCCGAGGGAUGGGACAAUCAACAAAGUCAAAGAUUAGUGCUGUGGCAGCUGAAAUAAAACAGAUUCGUGCAAGAAGGAAAACAGCACGUAUGCUAAUGGUUGUCCUCCUGGUUUUUGCACUUUGCUAUUUACCAAUUAGCAUCCUCAAUGUCUUAAAAAGGGUUUUUGGGAUGUUUAAUCAUGCUGACGACAGAGAAACUGUAUAUGCCUGGUUCACAUUCUCACAUUGGCUUGUAUAUGCAAACAGUGCAGCCAAUCCUAUUAUUUAUAACUUCCUCAGUGGGAAAUUUAGAGAAGAAUUUAAAGCAGCAUUUUCUUGUUGCUUCUUUGGCAUUUGCCAUCACCACGAUGAGCGGCUUACCAGAGGUCAUGCCAGUACAGAGAGUCGAAAAUCGUUGACCACCCAGAUCAGCAAUUUUGAUAAUGUUUCAAAACUUUCAGAACAUGUUGUAUUGAGCAACAUAAACACACUUCCAGCAAAUGGUAUCACAGCUACACUGAGCCCAUUGAAAUCAGUGGAACUGCAUCUCCACAUACCAGGGAUGAGUGUGACUUCAAAUUUAGAUGAAGCAGUGAGCGUUUCUGCAGAAGACACUGGUGCAGCAGAGAAUGCAAAGUGGGAUAAAUUAAUCCCUAGCAUAACUAAAUUUACCUCGAUGGAGUUACAGCAAGGCUGACUUUGGCUCAAUAUGUUAAAGACCACCUGAAAAUGGCGCAUUUUUAGCUGUGUUGCAGACUAGAACAACAGGACAAAGGGAUUCCUUCAAAAUGACUGCCUCUGCUAUUUCUUCUCAGUCUUAUGGAAACCUGCUUACCUCACUAUGAGCUAAAGAACACAUCUUUACAAGUCUUUUUAAAGAUUGGAUUGUACCAUACUUUGUAAAUACUGUAGAUAUUUAUUUUUAUACAUUUUAGAUGCUGUAGAACGUUCUAAAUUGUAUCAUACAAAGAACUAUAAGCAUUUGAAAGCAGUCUCAAACAUCAUUUAUUUAUAUCCUGUUUCUAUUAAUGAGUGACUUAUUUGCAAGGAAUGCUUACUUAUGCACUAGUGAUAUUCUGGAAUUAUUUUGCACUUCUUUUCCUGCUACUUCACUUGCAGUAAAUUCUAUGUUUGUUAUGGAAGUUUCACUUCAGACUGAUUUUCUGAUAUUCCAGGUUACUUUACUAAGCACAGACAUGACUCUUAGACAUGAACCCAAAGCACUGCAAGUCACACAUGUUUUCACAAUAUUACACUAAAUUGACAUUUUUUUUUUCUUCAGACUAGAGUGCCUAAAAACUAACUACUUAAGUAAACUUAUGCGAUACUCAAAGGUGCUAUAAACUCAAAAUUCCUACUCAGGCCAAUAGGAAUAACAAGUGUCAGCACCCCUGAAGAACAGGACAUUAACUUUGGUGGCUCAUUUUAGUCCAUAAUGUCCACAAGUGUUGCUCUAGAAGAUCUCUGAGGAUCUUUAUAAUAGAAAAUGUUGGUUAUCUUGUAUUUUCUAUCUCAACUGCCAUUUAAUACUAGAAAUCCAAAAAAUUAACAGAUUUGUUUGCCAAGAUAAUGUUUAAUUUUCAACAAAAAUUAAAAUAGAAUAUUUUUCUCUGGAAAUAUGAAGGAGAUAUCUCAUUGGACUGGUAGAUCAAGUACUCAUGUAUCCAUUUUCCAUUCAUGGGAUAAGCUCCCUGGCCUGGGGCUUCCUACCAUGUAUUGUAAUUUUCCUUCUUAAUGAGAGAAGAUGGUGCUUCACUGGAGACUUAAAAUGCUAGGGGAAUAUGCUGGUUAGAAAGAGGCUAAUUUAAAAGGGCCUAAGACACAAUCCUGGUGUGGCAGUAUUCCUAAUUCUUGCAUUUCAGAUAAGAUUUUGCUUCGGAGAAGAAAUUUUUUUCCCUGGGAAGGGUAAAAUGGGAGGAAGGACUUGCUUUUCAGUAAAAGAUUGAGCAUUUGACAGGACUUUUUUCAUACGAUCACGUUUUGUUGAAAAAACAAUCUUUCAUAGAGAAGACGUUAUUGACUAACGUAUGUAAAUAUUUUUUCUAGGAUUUACUUUGACCUAAGCCAUGUCAUGCAAUGUUCUGUCCACCGUGAGAGCUAUAGUUUUAUAAACUGCUUGAUCACUUUAUGCUUUAGCUUUCUCCAGUACUUGUUUUACUAGACAUUGUUAAAAUUUACACUGGUGUAAAGUGAGAUAAAAAUCUCACGUUGUUUGUAUAUAAAAGUUUUCUUUUUCUAAUAAAUGAAUAAGGAGAAAUACCUAAAUGGAAAUAAUAUUUAACCAUCAAAUAAAAUCAUAGGAAUUAUUCCUAUAUUCCUAUGUGUAAGCUUAAUUUUCAUGUAUAGCUAAUACAUCACUGUUAUUUGAGGAAAUUAUUUUACUUUGUUUCUUCUAAGAAAAGAAAAUCCAAAUAAUAGUGUAAAUGAGAGUUUUAAACUGUGUGGAACAAGAUAUUAUUUUUCAAUAUAAUUUCAAAUGAUCAGAAAAGCAGUUGCUGAAUAAAAACAUAAUAAAAAGAGGCGACUGGAAUUUG